UGCUGCCUUGGACCUUGACAUUUCGCACGGUUGCGGCGCCACCGAUGAGAGUUUUUGGUUAUGAGACAGUUUCGGGAAUAACAUUCACGCUGUGUUGUAUAGAAGGAGAGUAAAGUGUAGGCUGCAGUCAACCCCGUGUACAGCGUUUCAGUUUUCACCCUGUAUAUUUACUAAUUUAUACUGUUGUCGCGCAAAGAUCUGCGCGAGUUUUAGGUUAAUAGUACGUUGAAUUUGCAUGCAUAAGUUACCCUCGCUGCAAAGUUGACUUGUAAGCGGUGUUGUUUUCUUUCAUUCAAAGUAGCGAUAAGACUGCACGAAAAUGACGAACUCUACGGAUGAGUCUGCAGCCCCGAGCACCGAGAAGGCUGCCAACAAUCCAUUGGAACAGUUUGUUUUGUUAGCCAAAACCGCGAAAGGAGCUGCUGCUAUUGAAUUGAUAAAGCAAGCCAUGGAGACACCUGGUGUGAACGUAUUUGGUGAACUCUUAGACAUGCCUAAUAUUAAGGAACUAGAGCAUGGCCCUCAUGCGCCCUACUGGAACACACUCAAUCUCUUUGCUUACGGUACUUAUAAACAAUAUCUAGAACACAAAAGUGACUUGGUGGAAUUGACGCCUGUACAGAAGAAAAAACUUCAACACCUCACCAUUGUGUCUUUGGCGACCAAGUCCAAGUGUAUACCGUACUCAGUUUUGCUCGAAGAGUUAGACAUUAAAAAUGUAAGGGACUUGGAAGACUUGAUCAUCGAAGCAGUGUACGCAGAUAUAAUACAUGGAAAGUUGGAUCAAAAAAAUUCACAAUUAGAAGUUGACUAUGCUGGCUUGGGGCGCGAUGUCAGACCAGGCGAUGCUGGAGCUGUUAUUCAAACUCUUGCUGAAUGGGGAGAAGCUUGUGAUGAUAUUUUAAGUUGCAUUGAAAAUCAAGUUAUGAAAGCUAAUCGUAAUAAAGUACAAGCUCUUCAACAUAAGGAACAAAUUCAACAAGAAAUUCUAAGACAGAAGAAGGUUAUUUCAUCAGUACCUGGUGGAUCAAUGCAAGAUACAGAUAUGCUUGGCCCUAAUUUAUCGCUUAUGCUCGAAGGUAACAGAGAUGGAGACAUGAAAAAAAAACCAAAAGGAAAAAGUCUUCGAGGAACUUCUAAAUUCUGGAAAACAUAAAAGCAGUCUAGUGUACGAUUCUUGUACAAAAAACUGUAUUUUUUAGUUAUAAGAGAGAACUUUGAUAAAACUAUGAGGUACUGAAGUUAGAUGCCUACCAUCACAUUAAUUGUGAUUAUCUUUAUUAGUAUAUCUAAAGCGUAUAGAAAUAAAACUUGUUUUUUAAAUUGAAACCCAUUAUUCAUUUAAAUAAGAAAACAAUUUAGUUUUUUCAAUAAUCUCAUUUAUAGUAUAAUUCUAGAUUCUCUUAUUAUUGUUUUUGUUUUUUAUUAUUAAAACUUAAAGAAAGUUAUGUGUUAAAGAGUAAAAAUAAUUGUAUUGUUGAGAUGAUAUUUACAAAGUCAGUUUUUUCAACUCGCCAAUUUAUAAUUUUUAUAGACUCUAAUCAUAAGUAACAAAUAAAACCUUUAUGAUUUCAGUUCAAACUGCAUGACAAAAAAUAGGUUUUGAUAAUUAAAAUAAAUGAAUUUAUUAAAAUUAAUAUCUGUAAUAUUAUGCUUUAUUGAAACAAAACUUUUACUUGGUUAGUAUAACUUUGAACAAUUUAAUAAAAAUAUACAAAAACCAUUAUUUAACAAGUAUAGUAUUGCAGCUCAAAUAAACGCAACAUCAGUUGUCAAAAA